AUGCAGGCUGAUAAGUCUACAAUUGUUGAGAAAGCAGUGAACCACAUCAAAAAACUGCAGAAUACUUUUGAGAAGCUUGAACAGGAAAAACUAGAAAGGCUUCAAGAACAUAAUGUAAGGUGUAUGAGUUCACAAAAAUUCACUAAUGCUUGUAACAAUUGGGAGAAAUAUCUGCGUGAUCAAGAAUCAACACAUAAUUCUUCCUCUAUUACAUCAACAACUCAUGGUACCAAUCCCCUUAUGGUGAAUAAUAACAUUCCAACAGGUUUUGUGAAAUGGAGUUCACCAAACAUGAUACUUAAUGUUUGUGGUGAAAAUGCACAUAUUAGUGUGUGUUGUCCAAAGAAGUCAGGGCUAUUCACCUUCAUUUGUUAUGUUUUGGUGAAACAUAAGAUUGACAUUGUGUCUGCUCAAGUUUCAUCUGAUCAAUUCAGAAGCAUGUUCAUGAUCCAAGCUCAUGCUAAAGGUGGAACAGGCAUAGCUCAAGUCUCUGAAGCAUCCAGAGUUGAAGAAAUGUACAAGCAAGUUGCGAUUGAGAUAAUGUCAUUUGCAACCCCCAAUUGAUAGGUAUCAAUUUCAUCAGCCAAAUCCAACAAGGGUCAUCAUAUUUAGUUUCACAGUUCAUCCGACAUAGGAUGAACGAUUGUUGUCGUAAAGGCCAUGAUAUUUACUUUUGUAGUUCAUCUAGUGCAGGAUGAAUGAUUGCGUCCGUAUAGUCUAUUUUGUUUAUAUUUGCGUUUCUUUGUUUGUUUCCAUAUAUGCAUAUUUACUUUUAUAGUUCAUUAGAUUAAGGAUGA